AGUCCUCCGCUUAGUUAUAAAGAGGGUGACGACGAUUAUAACAUGGAUUCAACGCCCCAGAAAAGACGUCGGCUUGGAUCAUUUGAUCCCGAUGCGACGCCUCGCCGGCAGGGAUCUCUCAGCAUUCCAAGUUCUUCAGCUUCAUUCUCGGCCUCUGAGGCCAGCUCAAGACAAUUAUCAGCAAAAGCACAGAUUAUGAGCUUGCGACUAGUCGACACAGGCAUUGAAUAUGAAACGCUAGAUGAAGAUUCAGAGCUGCCUGAGGCCGCGAAAAUGUUGUUUAAUACCAUGUCGGAAAUCGAACGAGGUCUUGGCAUUAUACCAGAUGCCUUAAAACAGACCAUCUUUGACGACCAAGAGCUCACACCAGAAAGCUUUGAAGGCAGUCGAUGGAAGUAUUGCUUUAAGCCUGGCGAUGAUAAUUUACCCGGCCGGAUUCCAUCUGUUGCCCAGGUUAAACACAUCCUAGCAAUGGCUACUGAGUGUGAAAAGUGUAAACAUGAAGAGGCCAGUUGGAAUGCUACGGUUCAUCAUUCCUUGGCUCGAUUUAUAUUUAAUGACGAUCUUGGUAAACAAUGCGACGAUUUUAAUGCCAUCAUCUGUACUACAGCCCGGCCACAUAAGGAUUUCAGACCGGUUUUGGCUUCGGCUAAGCUGAUUGAUAUCUGCAUUUACGCCGCACUUGACCAAUAUCCAGAGUUGGUGACAGCCAUGAAAGCUUUCAGCAGUACUACGCCUACUAAGUCUGUUAACCCCACUGAAUAUUUUGCACUCCAACUUCGCCCCGUUGUAGUAACUAUCGAGACCAAGCAACCAAGUGGAGGGGAAGCUAGAGAGAAGGCGCAGUUACAAAUGGGCGUCUGGCAUGCUUCGCAAUGGGCCUUUCUUUAUACGGGUGUUAGGCAGAAGCUUCUUGAUCAGCGCAUGGCCCAAGGCCUUGAAGUACCGACAGAUGGUUUCAAGGCAGAAACACUUCAAGUAUUAUCGAAGCUUGGAUUCAUCCCGGGAAUUUAUAUCAACGGACAUCAAUGGUAUUUCGUGAUUUCUACAUACGAGGGUGGAAAGACUACGUUCCGGUCAGAGUGGCUGUUUGGAGAAACCAAGAGCUUGAUGAAGAUCUACUCCGUUAUUGCUGGAGUUCGAGAGUUAACAGCUUGGGGGAGAGACACAUAUUUACCAUGGUUCAAGGAGAAUAUCCUUACA